AUGGGAAGCCAAAAGCGCAUAGCAAAGGAACUCGCCGAACUCACCGAAACCGCUCCCGAAGGGAUAACAGUCAAGCUUGCCGACGAGUCGAACCUGUACAUCUGGAACGUCUACAUGGAGGGGCCGGAAAACUCGCCUUACCAGAACGGAACCUUCCAUCUAACCCUCACGCUCCCAACCGAAUACCCCUUCAAACCACCGACGGUCUCCUUCCGGACCAAGAUCUACCACCCGAACGUGACCAACGACGACAAGGGCAGCAUGUGCCUGGGGAUGCUGCGGGCGGACGAGUGGAAGCCCAGCUCGCGGAUCCAGGCGGUGCUGCAGUUCGCGCGGCAGCUGCUGGCGGAGCCGAUGCCGGAUGAUGCGGUCGAGGGGCGGAUCGCCGAGCAGUAUAAGAGUGAUUUUGCGAGGUAUGAGGAGGUGGCGAGGGAGUGGACGCGGAAGUAUGCUUCUUCCUCUUCCUCUGGGCGGGCAUGA